UUAUCUUCUCGUCAAAUUCACGCAAACCGCCUCUCCACUCCCCGUCAAUGGCCUUUAUAGUCCUGCUCUUCCUUGUUCUUUCUCCUUUCUCACUCUUCACCGCCGGGGCCACAACUGCCGCCUACCCCUCCGUUACGGAAACGAGUAGUUGCUCUCUGCGGAACGACGAUCUAAUUCCGAUUCGCCGAGAAGUAUACGAUAAUGGGAGAAUCUUCGACAUCAGCCACAGGUACGUCAAUGACAUGCCGACAUGGACGUCCACGGAGGGGUUGGGGCAGUUCCUUUGGCUCCCCGCCAGCAUAAAAAACGGCUCUCUCGCUAACAAUUCCGAGAUGAAACUCCCCGCUCACACAGGCACGCAUGUUGAUGCCCCCGGUCACGUGUUUGACCACUACUUCGACGCAGGCUUCGAUGUCGAUACCCUCGACCUUGAAGUCCUCAAUGGUCCUGCUUUGCUGGUUGAUGUUCCUAGAGAGAAGAACAUAACAGCUGAUGUUAUGAAGUCUUUGGACAUUCCCAAGGGAGUACGCCGAGUGCUCUUCAGAACAUUGAACACUGACAGGCGGCUUAUGUUCAAAAAAGAGUUUGACACCAGCUACGUGGGAUUUAUGAAGGACGGGGCGAAAUGGUUAGUGGAGAACACCGACAUCAAACUUGUUGGGAUUGAUUAUUUAUCUGUUGCUGCUUAUGCCGAUUUGAUUCCGUCGCAUCUGGUUUUUCUGGAAAGCAGGGAAAUCAUUCUCGUGGAAGGCCUAAAACUUGAUGAUGUCCCAGCGGGGAUAUAUUCCGUUCAUUGCUUGCCUUUAAGAUUGCUGGGAUCUGAAGGAUCACCAAUUAGAUGCAUUCUGAUUAAAUGAUGGGUAUUUUUUCCUUGUAGUUCCAUCCUCGUGCUGGCUGGUAAAUCUCCUGCAGAUACGGCAAGAGCCCCAUUGAACUUAGCUGUGAUCUGCUUAGAGGUGGACCAAUUUACAAUCCAUAGACACGCGGAAUUAUGAAGGACGGCCUACUUAUGUGCUGUAAAUAAAUAAAGCAUGACUUGGCGCAGAUUUGCUUAUUGUGGUCCUAGUUAUCUUCAGCAGAGUAUCAACAAUUUAAUGAAUUUAUGCUUCUUGUUCUCUUCUUUCUUUUUUCCCCUGGCCUUCAGUACUUUUCUUAUUGGCAUAAUUAAUGGUUACAAGAGAUGAAUAGAUGAUAUUUCGUGUAUAAUACAAUGCACUCAUGUUUUCUUUCUCCACUUGUUUAUACCGUCUUGUUCUUCA